UCUUGACACGGUUUACUCGCCAUUAGCGGCCGAUGUUAAGGCCUUUCGACCUUUCAGUGCACGAGACGGGUAAUCUAUACACAGGAGUUUGACACGUCCCUGAAUAAGUUAUCUGGGGUCGGAUUUGGGGUUAAUAUUUCAUUCUAGGUCACAGGAACGUGUCAAGCACCUGUGUUGACAUACAUGUCUAAGUCCCCAAGUAGUGGUUGACAUAGGCUUCAAUCCUAAACAGAUAAUGGAUCUUUGGAACAAACUUUAUCGCAUUAGGAUGUAGAGUUACACACACGACAAUAUGUCAUUAGGAGCAAACCCUGGCUUCCGGAGAUACACUGACCAGUACCCUGUUUGAAUUGACGUCUGCCAUCUCAACACGCCGACAGACAGGCGAGGUUCAGAUUCGUCUAAAAGGAAAAUGCUGAGAAAUAGUUCCGCCAGUGAAUUGGGUAGUUUGGCCCGUGUCGUUAAUAGUCAGCAUGGUGUUCUGGACCAAGAGGACAGCAUUGAUAACCAUCACGUGGAAUUCACGUGUCUACUUGAUUCAAACGGUAACGGAAAUGGUGUUCUCGCCGAGCAUCGGACACAGAAGGACGUCAAUGCGAACAGUCAUAUCGAUGCAAACGCUGAAAAACGUACCGGAAGUGUUGAAUAUGGACCAGAAAUACUUUUUUGUACAAGAAUAAACAAUUUUCAUUCAAAGUUCAAAUCGGAUCCAAACUUUCGACAUAAAUUCCUCUACAGUGUGUGUCUUGUUUUGUCUUUCUUUAUUUUGGGAUGGAUGCUGGGUCAGGUGGGACCAUCCCUUCUCGACUUGGAACUGAUCACAGGUGUCACACUGGAAACGGCCGCCUUCUAUGUGACGUCACUAUGUGCUGGCUACAUGGCGGGCUCGCUAUUGAGUGGUGUUCUGUACGAUCGCCUUAAUAAGUUUUUACAGAUGUGGUUAUUCCUGAUCGGCUUGUCAGGAACUAUCUCUCUCGUCCCGUGGUGUACUCACUAUAUAGGGAUGCUGGCAAUGCAGUUUCUAGUGGGGAUCUUCCAGGGCUGUAUAGACACAGUCAGCUGUGCAGAGAUGGUAUCGAUAUGGAAUAAAAAGACCAGUCAGUCGUUCAUGCAGGCUCUUCAUUUUGGUUUUGCAGCAGGUGGGAUUGUUUCCCCUCUAAUCACAGCGCCAUUUCUAGCCCAGAGAAACACCUUUAAUACACCAACCAUCCAAUCUCCCAAUUCUAGUGUUGUUCUAUUGACUUCAACAGUCAAAUAUCAGGAGUUACAUUCCACGACUCUUAAAUAUAGCAAUUUAUCUAAUAUUUCAUACACUAAUUCAAGUUUGGAAUUCGUGAGCGAUACAAAUUCGUUGGAGGUGUCUAUGUCAACAGAACAUUCCGAAGAAUACGAAACAUCUCGUGUGCAGAUAGCUUAUGGAAUAUCUGGUGUAGUGGCGUUCGUGGUUUCUCUACCAUUCUUAUUAAUGUAUAUACGAAUGCCUUGCGAUUUUAUCCGCCAUGGAUGCGAAGACAGAAAAAGAUCAAAUAAUCCCAUUCCCCUGUCAGUAAAGCUUGUAGUUCUAAUCAACAUGAGUACUCUAUCAGCCCUUUAUACGGGACUAGAAGAAACGUUCGUGGAAUUUCUUUCCGCUUUCUGUGUUGAGCAGGUACGAUGGACGAAGACACACGGGUCUUUAGCUACAUCUCUAUAUUUUGGCUCUAUAGGUGUGGGGCAUUUCAUCAACAUAUUUACCGUGAGGAUGUUAGAUCACGUGAAGCUGAUGGGUGUCAAUUGUUUUAUGUUAAUAUUAGCGAUGAUUGUAAUAACGCUAAGUGCUGAUAACGUGUUUCACGCCGGGGUGUGGAUUGCACCUCCUCUGGUUGGCCUGUCUCUUUCUAUCAUAUAUCCCAUAAUAUUCACAUGGACAGAAGAUGUGUUUUUACCCGUGACCGGACGAAUUUCGUCCUUGUUCAUCCUGACAGGUGCAAUGGGCAGUAUGAUCAACCCCAUCAUACUGGGAGUACUAAUGGAGGAACACAGCCCCAUGUGGUACUGCUACCUCCUUCUCAUAGAGAGCAUACUGCAGUUUGUCUUCUAUUUGUCGGGGUUAGCACUGCAGAAAUUCGUUAAGACAAGAUUCCAUGAUGUAAAGACACAGACAGAUGAAAAUCAUAUCAGUUGUUGAAUAUAUAAGUUUUUUUUUUGCUGUUGUUGAUUUUAUAAACAUAUAGUUAUACUUUUGUUCUGAA